AUGUCUGGCAAGGUGACACUAGAGAAUGAAGAGAAAGAAAGAGAUAAUAAAAGAGAGACGCUGGAGGUGAUGGGCAGAGGUGGAGGAAUUGUAGAAAAGCCCCAGGUCUCUGAAACAGUUCAGGAGCAAGCUCCUUCUGCUGGAGCAGUUGUUGCAGAAACUCCAGAAGGUAAGGUGCCUAUCCUGUGCAAAGCACUGCCUGCCGCUGUCCAGAAAGAAGCAAACCAAGGUGAAGAAAGUUUGGGAAACACUGAAGAGUCGAAUGUGGGACGGAGUGGGAAGGGGGCAGAACAAGGGCCCUCAGGUCCUUCCCGUAGCUCAUGGACUGACUCUGAAAUCAGGGUCUUCCUGCAAGAGUGGGAAGUAGUUGAACAUGAAGUGGGCCACACAGGCAGGAAGAUGCACAAGAAGACCAAGUUUCUUUGCCAGCGCCUCUAUCAUCGGGGCCUGAAGAAGAGCUGGAAAAGCUGUUUCCACCUACUGCGGAACCUGCAGGAUCUGCACAGGACUCUCUGUAAUGAGAGACCAGGGAUUGAACCCUUGUUUUCUCCUUAUGCAGAGGCCCUGUACAAGAUCCUGGGCUCCAGUCCCCAAGAAAGCUGGUUCCCAGGUCCUGUCUGCAAUGGGGCUGAUGACUCCAUGUCCCCCAUGUACCCUCAACCUCCCAGGUACCAGCCUUCUGAUUAUGGCAUCACUGUUCCUUCUGCACCGCUUCAAGGGAACCCGCUGCCGGUGAUGUCACAGGAGGACUCCCCGUUUCCCACCUGGGAGCCCUGGAAUCCCAGCUAUCCAUUGUCAGUUCCACACCUACUUCCUGGCUUUGUCCCAGGAGACCCCAGCAGCCUCAAGCAGCCGUGGUCAACUUGUGAUUUACACCAAGAUCCCCAAUGAAGAGAAGUGGAGAUCCCCUGUUUAUUCCCUGCAAACCUCAGGAUCAUGCAGUAUUGUGGAUUUAAGCAUCUUUCUCUACCUCAUGAGAGAAGAGAAUAUGGAAUUAAAUGAAGGUCCUCGAAGAACCCCCUCAUGCCUCAUCCUUGUCGCUUCAGUGGGGUCCAUAAGGAAAGAGGGGCAGUGGAUUGUUAUUUGGUCCCCUGCGAUUUGCCCUCUCGUAUCUCCAUCUGACCCCUGGCAUGGAGUCCUCUCUCCUACAAGAGGAACCUCUGCUUCCAUAGACAUCUGCUCAUGCCCUCUUCAUCC